AGUAUUAAUAUGUAAAUGUUAAAUGUUUAAAAAAUACAUAUUGGAUAAAUAAUAUUAAAUGAAUUAAAAUACUGUGUUAAAGAAAAAAAAUUAUUUAAAAAAGGAAAAAAACUAACAAAAUCGCCGAUAUUACACACCCAUCAUAAUACACACAGUUGUAUAAUUGAUUUACUACAGCAGAAGACAAAGAAGAAGAAAACUAAAGUUGAAAAACAACAACUUUAAAUUUUCGAUAUUUGGAAAUUUAUACGAGGAGCUGUAAGCCAACAACAACAAAAACAACCUUACGACGAACACUCUCGUCUCUCUCCCUCUUUCACCAAAAUCAUCUUCUUUAUUAUUAGUUAUUGGAUAUUUUUUGUCGUUACUAAAUUAUUAAUCCUCGAUGUUCAGCGACGCGUACCUAAGGGCAUUUUUAAAAACAUCUAAAAGAAUAAUUAAAAAACACUCCGGAUAACAUUUGUUUUCUUUUUGUGCUACCACCAUUAAAUUUACUACACUUGGCAUUCCCAGGCAACGAACGAUUCUCGUCUACCUACUUGUAAACACCAGACAUUCAUCGAGCGGAUCUUCACAAUCUCUCAUUUUUUUUAUUAAAUGCCUUUUGUUUUCCUCCUACACUCGUUACAUCUCUCUCUCAUUUCGUUACUCUGACUCUCCUCUUACACUUUACUUUAACUUAAUUGUCGAAGAAUUGAAGUGAGAGCACAGGCAAGGGCUUGUACAUAUAGUAGAGUAUAAGGUUCAUACCACUAUACAAUAAAUUUGAAAUAUCAGUGUCCGCAAAGUGCGUAUAUCCAUCGGUUGUGAUAUAAAUUAAAAGUAAAAUUUGUGUGUUAAAUUAAAUUUGAAGUAUAAAACUAACAAUUAUUCCCGUCACCGACAUACAUAAUUGCUAGGAAAAACAACAACGGUGAUUUGUAAUGACUGAAAGCAGAAAAAUUUCGAAAUAAGUGUAAAAAUAAAUAACAUAACUAACUACAUAAUAAAAGUUCAAAAAUAAAUUUCAGUUGUUGUUAGUGUGUUAAAAAUAUAAAUUAUUAAUGACCAAUUAUGACUCAUUAUCAACCCCCAUUGAGGUGUAAAGGUGGAACGCCGAAUCCCAAAUGGCAAUUCCUACGAAUAUUACUCGGUUUUGUAGUAGUAACAACAUGCAUCCUGUCACCGAUAUCAGCAGAACCUUUUGGAGGAGCUUCAGUAGGAAUACAUAUUCCGGGUGGUAGUUUAGGUGCUAUAAGUGAAUCUCGUUGUCCCCGUGUAUGUUCCUGCAAUGGAUUAACUGUCGACUGCUCACAUCGAGGACUUACACAGGUGCCUCGUAAAAUAUCGGCCGAUGUUGAAAGACUAGACUUACAAGGAAAUAAUAUAACUGUGAUUUUUGAGUCUGAUUUCCAAAGGUUGACCAAACUAAGAAUAUUGCAAUUAACUGACAACCAAAUACACACGAUAGAGAAAGGCUCUUUGCAGGAUUUAAUUUCAUUAGAAAGACUGCGCCUUAACAACAAUCGACUAAAAGCAAUACCUGAUAACUUUGUCACAAGUUCAGCGAGUCUUUUGCGAUUAGACAUAUCACACAAUGCUAUCACCACAGUCGGCAGACGAGUUUUCAAGGGAGCACAAUCAUUGCGAAGCCUACAGAUCGACAAUAACCAAAUUACCUGUAUGGAUGAGCAUACAUUCAAGGGCCUAGUCGAUCUUGAGAUACUCACUCUCAACAAUAACAAUUUAACAACAUUACCUCAUAAUAUAUUCAGUGGAUUGAGUAGACUGCGAGCAUUACGGUUAUCGGACAACCCAUUAUCCUGUGAUUGCCAUUUAUCAUGGUUGUCGCGAUUUUUACGAGGUGCACCACGUCUAGCACCGUAUACAAGAUGUCAAUCUCCAUCACAACUAAAGGGCCAAAACGUGGCAGAUUUACAUGAUCAAGAAUUCAAAUGUUCAGGUCUUACUGAAAAUGCACCACUGGAAUGUGGUCUAGAAAGUAGUUGCCCUCACCCAUGUCGAUGUUCAGAUGGCAUAGUAGACUGUCGCGAAAAAAGUCUCACCAGUGUUCCAGCUACAUUACCAGACGACACAACAGAAUUACGUUUGGAGCAAAAUUUUAUAACAGAACUACCAUCAAAAGCUUUUGCGAAUUUUAGACGUUUAAGACGUAUUGACUUAUCAAAUAAUAAUAUCUCAAGAAUAUCACACGAUGCUCUAAGUGGUUUAAAAUCAUUAACAACACUUGUUCUUUAUGGCAACAAAAUUAAGGAUUUACCCUCUGGAGUCUUCAAAGGGCUUUCGUCGCUUCAGUUGCUGCUUCUCAACGCCAAUGAAAUUUCCUGUAUACGUAAGGAUGCUUUCCGUGACUUGCAUAGCUUGAGUUUGCUAUCAUUAUAUGACAACAACAUUCAGACUUUGGCAAAUGGAACAUUCGAUGCUAUGAAGAGUAUUCAGACGCUGCACUUGGCAAAGAAUCCUUUUGUAUGCGAUUGCAAUCUUCGAUGGUUAGCUGACUAUUUACACAAAAAUCCCAUUGAAACGAGUGGCGCUCGAUGUGAAUCACCUAAGCGUAUGCAUCGUCGACGCAUUGAAACAUUACGGGACGAAAAAUUCAAGUGUUCCUGGGAUGAGAUGAGAAUAAAACUUUCUGGAGAGUGUCGCAUGGAAACAGACUGCCCUUCAAUGUGCCAAUGUGAUGGCACAGUUGUCGAUUGCUCUGGUCGUGGCCUAAAAGAAAUUCCUCGGGAUAUUCCUUUGCAUACUACAGAAUUACUACUAAAUGACAACGAGUUGGGGAGAAUAAAAUCUGAUGGAUUGUUUGGACGUCUGCCGCAUUUAAUAAAGUUAGACUUAAAGCGGAAUCAAAUCAUUGCUAUAGAGACAAAUGCCUUUGAAGGAGCCUCCCGAAUUCAAGAUCUUCAGUUGGCCGAGAAUAAAAUCAAAGAAAUUUCAAACAAGAUGUUUCUCGGUUUACAUCAACUUAAAAUUUUAAACCUAUACGACAAUCAAAUAUCGUGUGUAAUGCCUGGAUCUUUUGAGUUUCUGACGUCGCUAACAACACUCAAUUUGGCUUCAAAUCCUUUCAAUUGUAACUGCCAUUUGGCGUGGUUCUCCGAUUGGCUGCGAAAGAAGGCGUUGAAUGGUGGAGCCGCACGUUGUUUUGCUCCUUCCAAAGUGCGCGAUGUACAAAUAAAGGAUUUACCACACAAUGAGUUUAAAUGUACAUCCGAUAACAACGACGGGUGCUUAGGAGAAGACUAUUGCCCACCCAUGUGUACGUGUACUGGAACUGUUGUACGAUGCUCUCGUAAUAACUUAACAGAAAUUCCUCGAGGGUUACCAAGUGAAACAUCUGAGCUGUAUCUAGAGUCAAAUGAAAUUACAAUGAUACACCAGGAUCGUAUACGUCAUUUAAAAUCCCUUGCACGAUUAGAUUUGAGUAAUAACCAGAUAACCAUGCUUUCGGACUACACUUUUGCCAACCUUACAAAGCUUUCCACAUUAAUAAUAUCGUACAACAAUUUACAAUGUUUGCAACGAAAUGCAUUGAGUGGUCUAAAUAAUCUACGAGUACUGUCUUUACAUGGAAAUCAAAUUUCAAUGAUGCCAGAAGGUUCCUUUCAAGAUCUCAAGUCAUUAACUCACAUAGCUCUUGGCAACAAUCCCUUGUACUGCGACUGUUCGCUUAAGUGGUUUUCUGACUGGAUAAAACUGGACUAUGUCGAGCCGGGAAUCGCAAGGUGCUCAGAGCCGGAUUAUAUGAAGGACAAACUUAUCCUAUCUACACCCUCGCACAAUUUUGUGUGUAAAGGCAAAGUGAACAAUGACAUAUUGGCGAAAUGUGAUACCUGCUUCACAUAUCCUUGUCAGAAUAAAGCAAAGUGUGUAUCAUUACCUCAAAGGGAUUAUCAAUGCCUCUGCCAGCCUGGAUUUCAUGGCAAACAUUGCGAAUUCAUGAUUGACGCAUGUUAUGGAAAUCCAUGUAGAAAUAAUGCCACCUGUACCGUGUUAGAGGAAGGCCGCUUCAGUUGUCAAUGUGCCCCCGGAUAUACGGGAGCCCGCUGUGAAACCAAUAUUGACGACUGCUUGGGAUCAAUAAAGUGUCAAAAUAACGCAACCUGCAUAGAUGGCAUUGAAUCAUAUACAUGCGAAUGUCAACCAGGAUUCACCGGAGAAUAUUGCGAUACUAAAAUAAAGUUUUGCAGUGAUGAUUUCAAUCCAUGUUCGAAUGGUGCUACAUGUCAGGAUCACUUCACACAUUACUCAUGCGACUGUAUGCCAGGUUUUCAUGGAAUAAACUGUACCGACAAUAUUGACGACUGUCAAAACCAUAUUUGUAAAAAUGGUGGUACUUGCAUUGACGGGAUUAACGAUUACAUAUGCAUGUGCCCCGAAGACUUUACGGGUAAAUAUUGUGAGGGUCACAAUAUGGUAUCCAUGAUGUAUCCCCAAACUUCACCCUGCCAAAACCAUGAGUGUAAGCACGGUGUGUGUUUUCAACCAAAUCCAGCAGGAUCUGAUUAUUUAUGUAAAUGUCAUCCCGGAUACACCGGAAAAUGGUGCGAAUAUUUAACGAGCAUCAGUUUCGUACAUAAUAAUUCAUUUGUGGAGAUGGAACCGCUGCGAACGAAACCCGAGGCGAAUGUGACGAUUGUUUUUAGCACCACUGAACAAAAUGGUAUUCUAAUGUAUGAUGGCCAGGACGCACAUUGGGCUGUUGAGCUAUUUAAUGGUAGAAUACGUGUUAGUUACGAUGUCGGUAACUAUCCUGUCUCGACCAUGUACAGCUUUGAAAUGGUAGCCGACGGCAAAUAUCAUUUAGUUGAACUGCUGUCCAUUAAGAAAAACUUUACCUUACGCGUAGACCGAGGACUUGCUAGGUCUAUUAUUAAUGAUGGAUCAAAUGAAUAUCUAAAGCUUACAACUCCGCUCUAUUUAGGCGGCUUACCUUUUGAGCCCGCCCAACAAGCAUACAAAAAUUGGCAAAUUCGCAACCUGACUAGUUUUAAGGGAUGCAUGAAAGAAGUGUGGAUUAAUCACAAAUUGGUCGAUUUUGAAAAUGCGGCUCGACAACAAAAAAUCACUCCAGGAUGUGCUUUAUUAGAAGGAGAAAAUACUGGACCCGACGAUGAACGUGAUUUUAUGGACGAAACGCCUCAUAAUAGUAAAGAAGUUGAUCCAUGCGAAAAUAAUAAAUGUCGACGAGGAAGUCGAUGUGUCCCCAACUUAAGCUCUCGGGAUGGCUAUCAAUGCAAAUGCAAACACGGACAAAGAGGACGAUAUUGUGAUCAAGGUGAGGGCACUACUACCGAGCCCCCAACAAACACUGCUACUUCAACUUGUCGAAAAGAGCAAGUUCGAGAAUAUUAUACGGAGAACGACUGCCGAUCUCGCCAACCACUUAAGUACGCAAAGUGUGUGGGAGGAUGCGGGAAUCAAUGUUGUGCUGCAAAAAUCGUUCGAAGACGGAAGGUGCGCAUGGUAUGCAGCAAUAAUAGAAAGUAUAUUAAAAAUCUUGACAUUGUAAGAAAAUGUGGAUGCACAAAGAAGUGCUACUGACUGAAAGAUGCGACUACCCAAUUGCAUAACAGCAGCUUAGAUACAAAUUUAGAACAACGUAAAAAUAUCACCAUAUUAAAUAAUAAUAAUAAUAAUUAUAAGAAUAAUAGUAAUUAUGAUAAGUAUAAUAUUAGUAGUAAUAGUUUUAGCGAUAGUAUUAGGGUAACAGAAAAUUUAUUUAAUUCAUUUACUAAAAGUAAAAUAGGGGAAAAGUCUAGUGCAAAUGCAAAAGACAACAGCCAGAAGGGACAUGUUGAAGAUUACGUAAACGAAUAUGAGACUGAAGACAACGAAGACAGUUACGACAGUGACGAGCUUAAUGAACGUAUGCAGCUUAAUCCAAGUACUGACUAUUACGAUGAAGAGGAAGAUGAUAUGUAUUCCGAUAUAUAUGACGGCGGGGAGGAAGAUGAGCCAGAAUUAUUGCCCAAAGCAAAAGAAUUGGUGCAAUUAUCUAUCAAUGAUAGAACGAAAACAGACGAUGAUGAAGAAGAUAUGGGCUAUGAUGAAGACGACGAACGUAUAGCAAUUGCUGUGGAACGGCCUAAAGAACUGCGCUCUCGUGUUGAUAUUAAUAGCGAUUUUUCAAAUGGAGAGGGAAGUGGAAGCCUUGGAAGCCAAAAUGUGCAUAGCUCAUACAAGGGCAAAACUAAUGAUAGACUAAGGUUUGAUUAUAUGAAUUCAUUUCGUCGAAAACAACAAAAGUUGUUUACCGACGAUACACAUAGUGAUGUUGGAGUUGUUGCAUCGGAAGUUGAUUUGCGAGAAAGCAGUGGCAAUUUUGCUAACGAUGAUGAAGAUAAUGAUGACGACAGCGAUGACGAUGAUGAUAGCGAUGGGUUUUUCAACUCAAAACGGAAAUCUAAUAGCCGUUACUUUAGAAAAAACACAAACGAUGCUAUAAAGAUUAUAUCUACGCCUUUGGGAAAAGUUGGCAUAGUGUAUCAGCAAUCUCCUACGCAUGUUGAUGGUAAAAUUACCGAAAAUGUGGACAAAAAAUCAACAUCGUUCACUGACUUUGAUGCCCUAUCGCCAGACCCAGAGAGCAGUCAUCGUUUGGCGUCUUCUCAUCCGAAAAUUACUCCCGUCUUAACACCCGAUGGCAAGGUUGCCCUGCUUUACCGCGGCGACUCUGAAAACUCCAAGUACGAACCAAUUCGAAAUCUAACAACUCACAAAUUCAAUAACCUCAAUGAACCAAAUCCGGAUAGAAAAACACUUAUUAGUUCAACUAACAUUGAUUCUAGUGGUAGCAGUGAGUACAGCGACGCUGAUUCGACGUCAGACAUGGACGAAGAUUCGGAUUUGAACAUUUCAAUUAAUAAUAAUAACAAUAAUAACAUCAAAAGCAAUAAUGGCAUUAAAGUGACGACUGAGGAACAAGCUGCAAUUUUACCAGCCCCCGAUGCUGCUCCUACUACCGGGUCCUUUAUUAUAAGACCAACUGAUUCCGUUUUGCCCAUGAUAAAUCGACCUCUGUCUGAAGUUCUUGGCAUUAAAAAGAAUCAGUUUAAGCAAUUUAGAAUUAAAGACUCGUCCACAACAACAGAAUCAGCAUCAGGAUCACUGGCUACAGCUAAUAUGGAUAAUUCAGAUACAAACACAUUGCAUUUUCUAACAAAAGUCAAUUUGGCCGAUUAUCCUACUUCAUCGCGUACACACAACUAUGAUUUUGACUUUAGUCGUGACAACACAAUGCUCGACGAACGUUCACGUAGCAAGGAACUUCAAACAAAAUCCGAGAACAACGGCAAUCAACAAAUGAUGGGUACCAAUGAGCCAAUGAACGAAGAAAUUUUGUCAAAGACAGAAGUUGUCAACUUGGCUAUCAUACCACACUUUGACGAAGAGCUCGAACGUCUCCAAAGAUUACGUGAGUACGAGGAACGACGUCAUCAUCGACAACGACAUAGACAAAAACAGAAUGAAGAGGAUUUAUCCGGCAUCCAUUGCAUCAUGCAGGCCAUGAUGGGUAUUGCUGCAAUAUCAACCGUUUUUGGUAUGCUAGGUACAUUUUUCAAGCAACGUAUACUAGAUCAAUUACGCUUAAUGCACUGGUAGUACAACAAGGGUAUUCGAUUGUUUAUUUCUUCACAAUUGAAUACCCCCUCACCUGAGUUGUUAAUAUUAUCGUUGUUUCUCUGUUUACGCUCCUCUCGACAAUAUAAUUCAAAACGACAAACACAAAACCCACAUAGUUUUGCAGUGGCAUUUGCAAUGAAAUUUUCAAAAUACAUAUAUGUAUUCCCACUUCCUAGGAUUUUAUUGCAAAAUCUAUUUCAUUCUAUAUAAUUAUAAAUUCAUAUAUACACUCAUAUUAUACUUUUGACAUUCAGCUACAUACUACGUACAUUAAUUUAACUAUUACAUAAAUAGAAAGUGCGUGAUCCUCGUCGGAUUCGGAAAUUAACUAGCAAUAAUUUAAUUGCAUAUAUAAUCUUUUGUGACUAACAAAUAACUAAACUAUUACAAACUUAAUCUACUAAUACAUACAUACAUAUAACUAACGUACAUACAUACAUAUUUACAAGCGAUACAUAUACAUACAUACAAACAAACAUACAUAUAUACAAAUUCAGAUAAUGUGGAAGCUACCCAGAAGUAAUCGUAUAUAAAUACAUACAUUUACUUACAUACAAAGAUACAUUGCUUAUAUACAAUAGCAUACAUAUAUACAGUACAUACGAUGUACAUACAUAUAUAUUAGGAAUAAUUUCAACAACAAAAAAAUUGUGUAUUCGGAUUCUGUGAUAUCAUACCUUAUCUAGUACCUGCUGCUAAAACCACUGAUUCUGAGCGACGGUUUUUUUAGGGAAGAACAGCUGAAUAUUUUCAAAAUCAUACUUACCAUUCGAUUCUACACGUACUUCUACAGUAAGCUUCAUUUAAUACUUUUAGAAUGCAUCAGGAUUAUAUUAAGAGACCGAAAAAAUCAUUUUUUGUUUUCUUUCAAAAAAUUCCACACUAUAAAAAUAUCCGCUUGGAAAAAUGGUACAAAAAUAUUUAUUCUAUCAGUACCCUUUAAGAUGUUUUGACGGGUAAUUUUUAAUAUCCAUUUUAUUUACUUUGCUUUCACUUUUUCUUUUUACAAAGUUAAAAUUUAGCGAUAGCUUUUUUAUAAAAUUUAAUGUAUUGCCAUAUACAUAUAUGUAUGUAUAUGAAAUAUUGUAUUUUGAGGAAUACAUAUAUAUCUGAUUUGACUGAAAUGUAUGGUAAUGCUAAUAAAAUUGACAGUUAAUAAUUGAUUAGAGAAAAAAAAACAUUGGUUGAUGUCUGUCAAAAUUUGUUUCAGGUUUAACUUAACAGCGCGUUAAGAUACGUUUAAGUAACAUGUAAAAAACUAGCUCUAAGACGUCAUAUUUAUAAAACCAUUACAGUUACGAUGCAUUCUACUAAGGCUACAUUUUCUACUCUGUAACAAGUGUCGCUUAAAAUCACCACUUUCAGCUGUAGAUAUAAAAUUACGGAAUGUUUGAAACACCUUUUUGUUCACCGGUAUCAUAAAGUCAAAAUUUUUAAAUGAAGCCUAAUAUAUGUAUGUAGUACGUAGCAUACCCAUAAAGGGGAUAUAUAAGAGAAAUACUCAGUAUUUUAUUUUUAUUUCACAUGUCGUCCACUUACUUUAAUUCUUUAUUUGCGAGUAUCAUUUAAAAUUUCUCCCUCUCUGAACACAUUACAAAACUUUUCGAAUGAAAAUUGGUAAAUAUCUUUAACUUUGUCAAUUACAUAAACCGCAGUAUUCCAAAGAAAUUUUACUUAGAUUUAUUAAAAAAAAUAAUUGAAAACCAUGUUUAAUUAUACAUAGGCCUGUUAACUUAUCAAAACUGUUGUUACCAACAUAAAAUAUAAUAUUAAUUUUAUCUGUGGUCAAACUUUAACUAUUAACAGGUUAAAAAGUUAAUCGGCCUUUUGCUAUGUAUUAGGCAGUAGUAUCAAAUGAAAUAUUAUGUAUUGAAAAUUAUGUUGCUGCGCUGUAUGUCAAACUUACAUAAAUAUCGUCUACGACUAAAUGUUUUUAAAAUAUUUUCAAAUAAUUUUUAUAAAAAUUUUUUAGACGAACGAAUAUCAUUGUUCGAAAUGCAGUAACAUAAAUUGAAACAGUUUAAACUUAAUAUCUCAGUUAAAAACAACUUUACUGGUAAUUUGAAAGGUGUAUUAUCAAAUUACGGAGAUGUGGUUUGUUUGAGCACAAUUAUGAACACAAUGCACAUUCCAUCCCAAACUGCAACAAAUAAAUAAUGUUACAAAAAAUAUAACAAAAACAAAAAAGUACCAAACUGAUAAACAAACGAACAAAUCCCUUUUAAAGACAAUUAACAACCAAAUCUGACCACAAAAAAAUCCCUUACUGAUUCCCCUUAACAUAUUCAAAAUUGAAUAUGUUCGUUGAAUUGUAUUUUUUAUACAAAAACCAACUACAUUUAAACAUACAUACAGACAUACAUACAUAUGUAUGUAUAUAUAUAAAAUACAUACUAUACAUACAUAUGUUGUUUAAUUAUAAUAUAAUAAGAAUUUUUAAUAUUUAUUAACGAAUUUUUCAACUAAUCGUUGCAAAAUAACUUAGAUUAAAAAAAAAAAGAAUAGAAAAGCUCAAUUGGUGAACAUAUAUUAUUAUAAAUAACAAACAAUAAUGAAACGAAAUAACAUCUAAGCUGGGUAGUCGCAUGUAAAAAUAAUAAACAAAAUUAAUAAUAAAUAUAUUUAUUAAAUAUAGUCUUAAGUGAUUCUUAUAAACUACAAAUAUUAUACAAUUAAAUAUAACUACAUAGAUAUUUUUAAUAAUUUAGAUUAAGCAAAAACAAACCCCACGUCCCCCACAAAUGAAAACCAUUCCUGCAAUCGUCCUUUUUUAUGUGCAAACUCAAUGAGAAUCAAUCAAGCCUACCUACCUACCAGUUCGGUGAUAAUCGAAUUAAAAUAGAGAAUAAAUUAAUUUUCAAUACUUUAAAUAACU